CAGAGGGUUACUAUCAGGUAACAUCCGAGUAGAGGCAAUUCAAUGCGUCUCACGAAGUGCUGAAACGCUUACCGCAGAAAAUGAGCUCCUGAUCGCAGCAGGAUGGCCGUCGUUCUUUUACUGCUGAACCUACGCCUAACUAUUGAACGAGCGUUUUACAAAUUGGCUCCCAACGCGGGGGACGACGUAUGGACGAGUUCAGGUCGUUUCGCGACUUAUGGCGUUACAAAUUGGCGUCCCUUACACACCCCAACGGAUAGUGUAGCUCCAAGCCUUGAGUAUGAUUUCAUUUUUAAGGAAAAAUCGAUAGACCGGAUAGAACGACCCUCGAUGGAUAUCGGGCUGUUGACAAUCAAGGGCUGCAUACAAGAACCGGGGGCACGUCAAACGCAGCCUUGCGUCGCAUGCUUCAUCCGAAACGCGCGCGAAGUCACGAUCAACGUACGGACAUUGGUCGUCGUUUUGCUCACAGGCGCGCCGUCUUGGUUAAAUGCUGAGCACGCGAUCGACAGAUAUCUGUUCCCGCUAUCUUUCGCUGACUGCUCGAUCGAACUUCACGGGUGUGUUCAUCCUGUUCCGACGAAAUUCGAGGGAUUCUUCGCAUUGCCGAUCUACUUAGGCAUCGUCUUACAACCACUUAAUCUCUACUAUGGAAAUUGUGGUAAAACUCUCUAG